AUGGCUACCCGAUCCUCCAAGGACCUCGCUGAGGCGAGUGAAGUUUUAGCUGAAAACGAAGAAACCUUCAGUUGGCCAGACUACUGCACCCAGAUGCAAAUUCGUUACACCUGUGGCCACACCAUCGGUGGAGAGUUUGUCAAAUGCCGGAAACAUUUGCCUCGGGAGGAUGACAGAUGUGCCGCUAUCAAUAUUCAACAUGUCGAAGCCAAGUUGUCACCUCACAAGUGCCGCAACUGCCUGCACACCCCCGACCGUUGA